GAGACUUCACUGCACAGGUCUUUAUACAGGCAGAAAUAAAUCUGGUAUAUACAUCUUUAAAAUAACGGCGCUUCACAUGAACAAUGUUUUCCACAUUAACUUUUUGGACAGGUUAUUUCCCAGAUGCACGAAAAGCAAUUUUGAUUAUUUUGAUUAUAUCAAUUACCGCCUCGAGCGUUUAUCUGAUCGUCAAAAUCAUGCGACAAAAACAGUAUCAGUACAGCCCGAAAUACCUGCUGUUGGUAUCCCUAGCUGUUGGGGACAUUCUCCUGGCGCUGUUCGCCCUGGUCGUACGGGUACAGUCCUUGUUUAGAAAAACUGAGUCAGGUCUGGAGACUUGCCGGUUAAAUUUUUACUCUGAUAUGUACUCAAAUCACUUCAUAAAUUUUGUCUACGGAGUUGGUCUAAUUGUACUAGCAGCUGAAUUUGUUUACCGACGAAGGUGUAACAGGCCAAGAACAACAACUCAUUUUGAUUUGGUUCGCAGUUUUGUAAUUUGUAUCGUGCCUUGGUUACUGGGUUUGAUUGUUAUGCUACCCCUAGGACUGGCGGGCGUAGAUUUGGAAACGUGUAACGUGUACGCCGGACUUGAGAUAACACGAGCACAGAUUGUUGUGUCUACCAUACUUCCGGCUUGUCUGGCAGUGAUAGCAGCUGUUGUUGUCGUCUGCUUCAAGAUGGACCGUGGUUAUGUCCAGCACUUAGAGAUGACGUCAGGUGACCAAACUUUAGCCAGUGGUCAAUGUACUGAUGAUAUUGCAGCGCAACAUAAACAACCAGAUGCAAUAAACGUGCCUGCAUAUAAUCUGAAUCCACCAUAUAAUCCAUCAUAUUAUCCACCACAGAACCAAACGUCAGGUGACCAAACUUUAGCCAGUGGUCAAGGUACUGAUGAUAUUGCAGCGCAACAUAGACAACCAGAUGCAAUAAACGUUCCUGCAAAUAAUCUGAAUCCACCACAUAAUCCAUCAUAUUAUCCACCACAGAACCAACCACAUAAUCCACCAAUGGGUUACUACCCUAAUCCAGGGAACGUCAACACAGGUUCCAGUAUCAACAAUGUCAUCAUUGUGACAAAUGACAGUUACCCCAUUAUCCCUCCCAUCAACGCCAUCUACCCUGAACAAAAGAAAAUUUUAUCUCUGGCCUUUAUCUUCUUUUUCCUCGUCACGCCUCAGAUGAUUUGUGUGCUGAUCCUUAUAAGCAAUGUCCCAGAGAGUUUAACUAUGGUUGGCCUGAUAUUUACGGCCGGCUUUAAUUGGUUGACGUUGUUUAGACCCGUCGUCACCGCAUUGGUUUCUGCACAGUCGGGUUACCUGACACAGGCGUAGAGUGCGUCACAGUCGGGUUACCUGACACAGGCGUAGAGUGCGUCACAGUCGGGUUACCUGACACAGGCGUAGAGUGCGUCACAGUCGGGUUACCUGACACAGGCGUAGAGUGCGUCACAGUCGGGUUACCUGACACAGGCGUAGAGUGCGUCACAGUCGGGUUACCUGACACAGGCGUAGAGUGCGUCACAGUCGGGUUACCUGACACAGGCGUAGAGUGCGUCACAGUCAGGUUACCUGACGAAGUGUUAGCUGGCGUCAGUCAGGUUACCUGACACAGGCGUAGAGUGCGUCACAGUCAGGUUACCUGACGAAGUGUUAGCUGGCGUCAGUCAGGUUACCUGACACAGGCGUAGGGUGCGUCACAGUCCAAUAAUCUAAAUCAGAUUUAGAUUGCCCGACUGACAGCUACCCACCUUCAGUGUCGUCGC